GAAGUGACUAGUGCCAGGAAAGACUUAAGGGAACAAGGGAUAGACCUAAAAUUAGCUCAACCCGUAGCGAAACUACUUCCGAAUAGUGAAAUACCUGGACAUUUAAGGACCAUUGGUACUAGUUAAACUUUUAUAAGUGGAAGGUUGCUUCAGUACGUUGCAUUUGGUGGAUGUUCAUCUACCGUCCAGAUGCACGAAACUGACCUGGCUGCCACCAUAGCAAACCAAGGAAAAGCAGAAGUUUCAACUUGCUUGGGGGCUUGCUCUGCAAGAAUGUCGCAGAAAGAAAGACCCACGUUUUAUCGGCAGGAGGUGAACAAGACUAUAUGGGAGGUCCCAGUUCGUUAUCAGAAUCUGUCUCCAGUCGGUUCUGGUGCAUACGGAUCUGUAUGCUCUGCAUUCGAUGAGAAGACUGGUUUGAAGGUCGCUGUGAAAAAACUGUCAAGGCCGUUCCAGUCCAUCAUCCACGCCAAAAGGACCUAUAGGGAACUGCGGCUUCUCAAGCACAUGAAACAUGAGAACGUGAUAGGCCUGCUGGAUGUUUUUACACCUGCCACCAGUCUGGAGCAGUUCAGUGAUGUAUACCUGGUGACUCAUCUGAUGGGCGCAGACCUUAAUAACAUAGUGAAGUGUCAGAAGCUGACAGACGACCAUGUGCAAUUCCUUAUCUACCAGAUCCUUCGAGGGCUUAAGUACAUCCAUUCAGCAGACAUUAUUCACAGAGACCUGAAGCCCAGUAAUUUGGCUGUGAAUGAAGACUGUGAACUUAAGAUCCUAGACUUUGGGCUGGCUCGGCACACGGACGACGAGAUGACUGGAUAUGUGGCCACCAGGUGGUACCGUGCUCCAGAGAUCAUGCUCAACUGGAUGCACUACAACAUGACAGUGGACAUUUGGUCUGUUGGCUGCAUUAUGGCGGAGCUCCUGACGGGGAGGACGCUGUUUCCUGGCACUGACCAUAUAAACCAGCUACAGCAGAUAAUGCGACUGACAGGAACUCCCCCUGCCUCUCUAAUAAGCAGGAUGCCUAGCCAUGAGGCAAGGAAUUACAUAAAUUCCCUACCACAGAUGCCUAAAAGGAAUUUUGCUGAUGUAUUCCUUGGAGCCAAUCCAUUGGCUGUGGAUCUCCUAGAGAAGAUGCUGGUUUUAGAUACAGACAAGCGAAUAACUGCAGCAGAGGCACUGGCCCACUCCUACUUUGCCCAGUACCAUGACCCAGACGAUGAACCCGAGGCAGAGCCCUAUGACCAGAGCUUCGAGAGUCGGGAACUAGAAAUUGAAGAGUGGAAACGUUUGACCUAUGAGGAGGUGAUCACCUUUGAGGCACCUUCCUUUGAUGGGGAUGAAAUGGAGUCAUGAGACUUGUGCAUGAUUGGAGCUCUAUUUCAGACCAGUCUUUAUAAAAACUGUUAUUUUUGCAGUUCUCUAUCCAGACAGACAGUAUGAUUUUUAAGUGCCUGCCACUUUCUUUGUCUUGCUCUUUUUAUGUGUUGUCUACUUUAUUAGGAAGCAAAAAUGAGCACAAAAAGGGGAUAAACAUGAUGGAAAAUUUUAUACAAGGAAUUUCCUGUAGAGUUGAGUAGCAUUUGUGUUAACAGCCAUGUUUCCAUCCUCUAGCCAUGCAGAGUUCAUGUAAACAUUUUGAAGUUUGCAACAAAGAGAAAAGAAACAAAGCAAAACAUGUCAUUAAUUUUUCAAAUGGCAUUAAUACUUUAUGAUAAUCAUACCAUCCCAACCCAGUAAACUCAAGAUCUAAUUAAUUGGCAUAUCUAUUUAAAAAUUGAGUAUCUCAUUACUGUGCAAAUUUUUGCUCUUUUGAAAAUCGGUCACAGAAUUUUGUCUAGAGCCUCUUGCAUUUACAGAAAACCCAAGGCUGUAUUUAGCAUUAACAUGACCAAAAUCUAUUUAAAUGACCAUUAUUUGCUACUUUUCAAGUGUCACUGAUAUAGGGAUUCCAUUGCUGUUAAUAGUGUCAAUCACAUGACCAAAACAAGCAUUCGGUGUGUUGGCGUUUUCUUUUCUUGAAUACAACGAUCUGGACGGUAAUCUGGAUAAAAAAUAGAUGGGUUCAGUUGAUCAGUAUAAAUUUAAUUUCAACAUACAGAAGUAUUCAUUAUUCAUUAUUCAUUAUAUACCUGUCUUGUAGAACCAUGCUGUAAAAUUAGCUAUUGAGAUUUGUGACACAGCCUCUUGUGUUUUUGUUUCAUUGAACAGGGGAUUAUAUGUGCAGUAUUCUGGAGUGUCCUACUACUGCCAGCUUUGCUAGACACUCAUAUUAGAGUACAGAUUUCUAGACACUCAAAUUAGAGCAAAGUAUCAGAAUUCAAGAGGAUGGCCCCUGUUUGCAACAAUAUAAUUCCCAUUGCUAGCUUGUGUUGGAACCUACAUAGGCCAGAGUGACACUCCAAACAUUAGGCAGGUUUACUGGCACCAGCUACAAAUUUGGGCCAUAUGUAAAUAGCAGUUCUAGCCUUGUAAUUUUAGUCAUUUGACUGUUUCUGUUUUAUGGUGUGUUGGUGUAUUGUUAAAGUGUGUGUGUGAGAGAGUGAGCAAGUGAGAAACACAAUAUGAAUCAUUUUGUUCUGUUGUGUGGUUGUUUUUAAGCUGACAAUAGAGAAAUGAAUGUCAAAAUUGUACUAGUGUGAAAUAUUUAUAUACUGCUGAGAUGUUGAACUGGAAUGGCUGCUUCUUUCUGCUUUAUUUCUUUUAUCAGACUAGAGAAUAUAAUCAAAUACACACUGUUUAUUAAAGAAAAUAAAGGCAGAUAUUUUUCAGA